UCGUUACUAUGGGAUACUUCGGGUGUCGGACUCCAAACAUAAACUUUAGCACUCAGUCAAACUAUAGUCAACUUUCCACAGAAUAUGGUAGUUAUGUAGACGACUUUACAAAGAGAAAAUUGUUUAUUUCCUUUUUGACUUACUUGUGUAUAUAUGACAAAGACUGUUGUGAAAGAGAGUCUAUUCCUAAAAUCAAGAGGGACAACCAGAUUCUGACUUUCUGUUGUUUUACUUACACUGUUGAAUUUCCUUCAGAGGGAGAAACUUUAGAAAUAAUUGGUCUGAAUGUGUUAAAGGACAACCCAACAUUGACAGGAAUAACUUGUUUCGCUCAGUUUCUGUGAAUUGAACGUUAGCUGAGCUUGAAACUUCAUCUUUCACUCAUUCACUUGAGAUUCGGUUCUCUUUUUUGUUUGCAAGACCCGUGUAGGGUUGGAAUUCGGCCAAGCCAAAGUUCACUUAUUUUACACUAUACCCUUUCUAUAAACCCUCUAUUCCGAGUUUGCCAAAAGCUUCUUUCAUUUUCUGCAAACAAACAAACAACAUCAAGUUCCUAUAAAGAAUUAAACAAUCCGUUAAUCCUCUUUAAGAACACCAGAUUGAAAUUUGUGUAUGUAGUUUUCCUCAAUGUUUAUUCUCCAUUUCUAUAAAAGUGACAGGUUAACUCUUUCCAAAUAAACUUUUGUAAUAAAAUUUUUCUUGUCAAU